GCAUGGGUGCCCAAGGUGGGAUGGUCCUCAAAACAUUAUAAAUACGCUGGCCUUCUGCCGAUUCGGGUUUGGUGCCUGGAGCUGUGUAGCAGCAAGUGCACCUGCCCAGCUCAGGAGAAUCUCAUUCACACUUAGGCCUUUAGCCAUGCCACGGGUGGACUCUGACCUCAAACUGGACUUUAAAGACGUCCUGCUAAGACCAAAGAGGAGCAGCCUGAAGAGCAGGUCUGAGGUGGAUCUGCAGAGGACUUUCACAUUCCGCAAUUCAAAGCAGACAUACAAUGGCAUCCCAAUCAUUGCAGCUAACAUGGACACUACAGGUACUUUUGAGAUGGCCCAGGUGAUGAGCAAGCACACACUCUUCACUGCCAUCCAUAAGCACUACUCAGUGGAAGAUUGGAAGACAUUUGCAGCCAAUCAUCCAGAAUGCUUAGAGCAUGUAGCUGCCAGCUCAGGCAGUGGAAAGGCUGAUUUGGAGAAGCUGUGCAGCAUUCUACACGCCAUUCCACUCAUUAAGUACAUCUGCUUGGAUGUAGCCAAUGGAUAUUCUGAGCACUUUGUGGAGUUUGUCAAAACAGUCCGGGAGAAAUUCCCUAACCACACUAUCAUGGCUGGAAAUGUGGUGACAGGAGAGAUGGUGGAGGAGCUUAUUCUGUCAGGAGCUGACAUCAUCAAAGUGGGGAUUGGACCAGGUUCUGUAUGUACCACCCGUAUCAAAACUGGAGUGGGCUACCCACAGUUGAGUGCUGUUAUUGAGUGUGCAGAUUCAGCUCAUGGACUUAAAGGGCACAUUAUCUCUGACGGAGGCUGCAGCUGUCCGGGUGAUGUUGCCAAAGCCUUUGGUGCAGGGGCAGAUUUUGUCAUGCUAGGAGGAAUGUUAGCAGGCCAUGACCAGUGUGCCGGUGAGCUCAUUGAAAAGGAUGGAAAGAAAUUUAAGCUGUUUUAUGGUAUGAGCUCCGACACAGCCAUGAAGAAAUACGUUGGCGGUGUGGCAGAGUACAGGGCUUCUGAGGGCAGGACUGUGCAGGUGCCUUAUAGAGGUGAUAUAGAGGACACAAUCAGAGACAUCCUGGGUGGCCUGCGCUCAACCUGCACAUACGUAGGAGCAGCCAAACUCAAGGAGCUGAGCCGCAGGACCACAUUCAUCAGAGUUACACAGCAGUCCAGCCAAAUGUUUUCUUAGAGCCAUAUAGUGCAUCCAGCUUGCACAUUGUUCCUGUACUAUAAACAUCAACGAUUUAGCUAACAUACAGGUAAAAAUCCCCUACCACCCUUUUGAUGUUAGCGCUCUGUUUGAACAAAGAAAAUGAUUCACACUCAUAUAUACAGCCUAUACAGCCCACAGAACCUCAUUGUUUGGUCAAAAUCGUUCAUUUUCUGCAUGUGCCGUAGGUACAGAAAUCUCUCUUUUCUUAAUGAAGUCUGUAGACAGCUGUAUUAUACUUGCAUAUGAGCCAUGCUCUGCUGCUAUUUGUUUCUCUGGGAAAUAUUAUUCUGAAAAUGAGCAUGAUUCAGCCUUUUGUUAAUGUAAGUCAUUAAGCUCCCCAAACAUGGCUGGUAUAAUAGUGAUGAAGAAGUGUACGUCAUGAUUUAAGCCCUAUAAAGUUACUAUGUUGGGGAAAAUAUUCAUUUAAACUAUGCAAUAACAUUAACACUGUAAUAAUACAGGCCAGUAUAAAAGCUACGUUAAUAAAGUAAUAAUACUACAUGUUAAUAUAUUCUGUUAAUUAAUAACAUUUUAGUUAAUAAACAAUUUCCAAACUGGAUUGCCAUUAACACAUUCGGAGCAUCUUUUCUGCAGAUUUAUUAAUUAAUAUUGGUGAAUAUUGGUAAAUGUACACUGGAUAUGACAGGAUGUAGCAUUGGACUGAAGAAAUGUGAAAAGCUGCAGUGCCUACCCUCAUUUUAGUUUGUGCAAUUAAAAAAAUAUGCACUUUUAUUCCAAUCUGUUAUCACUGUAACGAAGAAGUAAUAAAGUAAAACAUCUCUUUGUGA